AUGGGCUCAACAUCUUCGGAAGAUCUCCUUCCUAAUCAGCCCUUGGACUUGACUGUCCUGGGCCUGAAUAGUGGAACAUCCAUGGAUGGAAUUGACUGUGCGCUAUGUCGAUUUCGCCAGGAAACGCCAGACUCGGCCAUGCAUUUUGAGUUACUGAAAUAUGGCGAAAUUCCACUCGAACCAGUCAUCAAAAAAAGAGUAAUGAACAUGAUUCUCCACAACAAAACUUCCCCUUCGGAAUUAUCAGAGGUGAACGUUAUCUUAGGCGAAACAUUCGCUUCCGCCGUACACAAAUUCUGCAAGGAUUAUUAUGUGGAUAUCAAUUCUAUAGAUGUCCUCGGAUCGCAUGGCCAAACUAUCUGGCUACUUUCCAUGCCAGAGCCAGGCGAGACACGGAGCGCCCUGACAAUGGCCGAGGGGUGUUUCCUCGCGUCGCGUACUGGUAUCACAUCCGUGACCGACUUUCGCGUGAGUGACCAAGCUGCAGGACGCCAGGGGGCGCCACUCAUUGCUUUCUUCGAUGCCCUGUUGUUACAUCAUCCUACCAAGUUACGCGCGUGUCAGAACAUUGGGGGUAUCGCCAACGUUUGCUUCAUUCCACCUGACACGCAUGGCGGGGUCAAUGAAUGCUACGACUUUGACACAGGCCCAGGUAAUAUUUUUAUCGAUGCUGUAGUACGGCAUUAUACCGAUGGAGAGCGCGAGUAUGACAAGGAUGGCGAGAUGGGCGCCCGGGGUACGGUGGACCAAGAGCUCGUGGAUGACAUUUUGACCCAUCCAUACUUCGCUUUGGAGCCACCGAAGACCACGGGUCGGGAGGUCUUUCGAGAUACACUUGCGUAUGAAUUGAUCCGCAAGGCCGAUGCGAAGGGUUUGAAACCGGACGAUGUCGUCGCCACGAUCACUCGUGUUACUGCCCAGGCCAUCGUGGACCACUAUCGUCGCUAUGCACCAAAGGACCUCGAGAUAGCGGAAAUCUUCAUGUGCGGAGGUGGAGCCUUCAACCCUAACAUCUCGGCGUUCAUCCAGAAAGAAUAUCCCAAUACAAAGAUCUUCAUGCUGGAUGCCGCUGGUAUCCCUGGUGGGGCGAAAGAAGCGAUCACAUUCGCCUGGCAGGGCAUGGAAGCUAUAGUCGGUCGCUCAAUUCCUGUCCCAACUCGUGUCGAGACUCGCCAAGAAUAUGUGUUGGGAAAAGUGGCCCCUGGCAAGAACUACCGCAAGGUUCUUCUUCAAGGCAUGCGUUUUGGUGCCGGUCGGGAUCAUCUUCCACCCGUGAAGGAAUUAAUUAACUAUGUAGGCGGGGAAGUUUUUGACAACAAAUGGUAG